AUGCAGAUGGAAUGGAAAUGGCUGGGAAAGUUGGGGUCGACAGCCAUGCUUGGAUUAGUUUGCCUCUUGGUAUCAUUAGCGGUGGUGUCGUCGGAGCGGAGCAUUGGAAUUGAGGGGUUGAGGGGGACAAAGCGUACUGUUCUGGAAGAGGAUAUUGAAUCUAAUUAUAUUGCAAACUCGCUUCUUUUUCUAUGGCAGACUGAUAAAAAUUCUUACAAACCUGUUUGGCAGCCCAUGGAAUUCGGGUGGGAAAUUGCGGUGGGUUCCAUGAUUGGGUUCUUUGGAGCAGCGUUUGGUAGUGUCGGGGGAGUUGGUGGGGGUGGAAUUUUCGUGCCCAUGCUCGCUCUCAUCGUUGGUUUUGAUCCCAAGUCUACUACAGCAAUCUCAAAGUGCAUGAUUAUGGCUGCAGCUGGUUCUACUGUUUACUACAACCUUAAGUUGAGGCAUCCGUCUUUACAUAUGCCCGUCAUUGACUAUGAUCUAGCUUUUCUCAUUCAACCCAUGCUUAUGCUAGGGAUCAACAUCGGCGUCAUUUUUAAUGUUGUCUUUCCUGAUUGGAUGGUCACCGUCCUCCUAAUUGUCCUAUUUAUCGGGACCUCGACCAAGGCUUUCAUGAAAGGUGUUGACACAUGGAAACUGGAGACAAUUCUUAAAAGGGAGGCUGCUAAACGCUUGGUACCUAGUGGGGUUCCACUUCUUCAAAAUAUAUACUGGAAGGAGCUCGGCCUGCUUGUGUUUGUAUGGAUGUCAUUUCUUGCACUACAAAUUGCAAAGAACUCUACAGCUACAUGUUCCACAUGGUAUUGGAUAUUAAACUUCUUAUAG